UGCCGCGCAUGGGGGACGCGCCGGGCCGGGCGGGCGCCUGCUGCCAGAUGGUGGAGGUCCUGCUCGCCGCCCUGAUCCUGGUCUGCAGCUCCGUGUCCUGUGGCUCGGCGGGAGGAUACACCGGCCUCCCCGCCCUGGGGGGCAUCUACUACUACCAGUACGGCGGGGCCUACAGCGGCUUCAGUGGAGCGGACGGGGAGCGAGCCCAGCAGCUUGACCAACGUUUCUACCUACUGAAGCUGCCCGUGGCAAGGGCAGCGAUGGCCGUGGGAGGGUGUCUCCUGGUCUUCCCUUGCGUUCUUAUUUUGAUUGGUGUUCUGCGGGUCCCGUGGCACUUCCCAGCAUUGCUGCUAAUUGAAUGCACCCUGUACAUAGUGAUUGCAGUUGGCACAGUGCCUGCUCUGUACUAUUUCCUCCAUUCUCUGCUGACCGUUUAUAAUUCAACAGUGUGCAAAGAGAGAGAGCAGCUUUAUCAAAGCAAAGGCUAUCAGGGUUUCUGGUGCAGCCUGCAUGGGGCAGAGAUUGCUGCUGGCCUCUUGGGCUGCAUGGCUGCCAUGGCAUACCUGCUCAGUGCGGGUCUAGCAAUCAGAGAUUACAGGACAGUUCAUGAACAGAAACAGAAGCCACUGCAAUUAUAAGAACUUUCAAAUUAUUCUUCCACUCCAGUAAUGGUCUUGAUUUUUGCCAGUCUCCUUACUGAGAUGAAGUAGUAUACUUUCCUUCUGGACAGUGCAGCCUUAACGCUACAGAACACUCACCAAGCUGGCAUAGCUGUAAAUAUGGUAGAGUCAGGCUAUUCCUAACCUGAAUUUGCAUUAUUGAAUUAUUAGCGACUUAAAGCUGAUGCAGUGGGUUGUUUCUGCUUCUCAGGCAGCCCUUCCAUCUCACUCUCAGGUGCCCCCUUCUCCAGUGAGGCCUUGCUAAAAGUACUGCCACUACAUGCUUCUGCCAGUUAACAGCUUUUUGUAGCUGAAACUGUCUUUACAAAAGGCAUGUGACUUUGCUGAGAAAAGAGCUCUUAAAAACAACAGACCGUGGUUCUGACAGCUAAAUAUUCUGUCCUUGUAGGUCUCUUGGAAUUAACAGGCCAGUGUGAACAUGACAUUUAUAAGGCAAUGAAAAUAUCCUGAAAAAACCUUGCAAACUCAGUCUUACUUGUGAUACAAUGCCUUUUUAAACUUCUGGAGAGGGCACAUUUUUGUAUGAAAUGGUCUUUUUAUAUAACUUGUAUAUAAGAGUUUUGCUUAAAAAAGAUUCCCUGAAUUGGGAAAUCAGACAAAAGCUUUAUGAGAUCAAAUGGGUGAUUUAAUAUAGAAGUAUAUGCUUUCAAAAUACAUUUUCAAUGUACAAGUUGGAAAAAUGAGAUGUUGCCUUUUUUUUAGAAAAACAUUUCUAGGAAAUUUAGCUGGGAAAAGUAGCACUAGGAUCACCAACUCAUGCCUUAAAAUGAAAUUCCACUUCAGAGACGUGUCAACUAUGUGCAUUGUUGGAUGGAACCACUAGAGUCUCACAGAUGAGUUCUGCCCAUAUUAAAAAAACUAAACA